AUGGAGUCCAACGGCGGCGAGGGAGAGUGCGACAUCGACCUCAACCUCUCCCUGCAUCGGGCGUCGUCGCCGGAGCCGCUGGGCUACUUCACCUGCACCUACUGCGACAAGAAGUUCUACUCCUCCCAAGCGCUGGGCGGCCACCAGAACGCCCACAAGUUCGAGCGCAGCGUCGCCAAACGCACGCGGGAGCUGGCCGCCGCGCGCCGCCACGGCCACGCGGGCCGGGUCGGCGCCGGCGAGGAGGGCAGCAGGGGAGGGAAGGACCCGACCAGCAAUGCCGCGGGGAGCUCCUCGCACAGGAGGGUGUCGCCGCCGGAGGCAGCUCGCCGGGACCUCAUCACCGAGGAGAUCGAUCUGUCUCUCAAGCUCUGA